AUGCUCGAUCCUGAUGCUCUGACCCCAGCGAAUCCAAACGAAAGGUCAAUCCUUCAUUGGCUGGUAGUUAACAUUGAUGGCGACAAUAUAAAAAGUGGAACUACCGUGGCUCAAUACUUGAGUCCAUCUCCGACACCAUUCCAAGGACCACAUCGAUAUACUUUCUUGAUCUAUCGUCAAUCAAGGCCAGUGGUUCCUACGCAAUUCUAUGUGACAGAAAUGGAACGAGCAAAUUUCCAGGUCACUCCUUAUGCCGAAGCAAAUGGACUAACAGGACCGAUCGCAGGUAACUUCUUCUACGAAGCUAUUCCAGGUUAUUACAGUUCGAAAGGAUAA